AUGGCUUUGGCUAAUUUGCUUGGAGAAAUUGGACGCUCACGAUUGCCGGACUCGGAGCUUCAUGCGAUGAAGGCAACAAGUCUAUUCCCAAGUGCCUCCGUCUCCAACCCCACCCGCUCUCGGAGCCCUUAUCAAGAGCUUACCGGGGGUAAGCCUCUACCUGCACCAAUUCCCUUGUUGAUCCAUCUCUGCUCUGAGUCUCCUAAUCUUUCCAGAAUGAUGAAGGCACUCCUGAGCGCAAGCCUCCUCUUGGUCCUGCUUUCUCCGGUAGAACUCCGAUCGCAACUUUUGAAUAAAUGCACGUCAUCCGACAAUUGUUUCUCAGGCAAUUACAGCUUCACUGCAGGGGAUGGUAAAUUCUUUGAGAUGAAGAAGCACUGCUGCAACACGGUACUGUGUAAGAAUGCAAUUCUCAGCCUUCCUGAUCACAGCGUUCUGACUGAAAAUGGCCUGAAGUGCCCAACCUGCUUCUCCAAAGGAACCGCAGAGUGUGAAAGUGAGAAGACCAUCGACUGCCUUGGGAAUGAGACCCAGUGUGUUGUUUUUAAAGGAGCUCUUCAUAUAGAUCCAGCCUUAGAUGGAUACCUCCCUAUCAACAUAGUUUUGAGGAAUAAUGCUGUUUGGAGACAAGACAAAUUUGCCAAAUCCCUCCUUUCUGAAAAGAAGAGGCCCCCAUUCAUCUCCACGAUUUCACGUUCCAAGGCUGUGGAACAACAGAUUUUUGUGCCAUCCACAGAAGAAAACUUGGAACUGGGGGAUAUGUCCUUUCUAUUACCGAAAAAAUAUGUUAUAAUGCUUCAGGAAUCUCACACCAGCCUGAACAUGAAGGGUAAAUAG